AUGGAUGGUGAAAACAUGCCCCAGACCAGGGCGUCUACUCGGACGCGCAUCCCGCAGGGACUCCGGGAGGCCAGCUCAGCGACUACAAACUCUCGCUCCGGCAUCAUGCCACCAGGAUCGAUCGCGAGCAAGGCCAUGAGCAUGUCGCGUAUGCAAUACACUGAAGCCAUGUUGCAACAAGAGCUAACGACCUAUGAAGCAACUCGUCCCAAGACAGCGAACCCCGAAACGAAGAGACCAGGCUCCGUCACCCGGCAGCCAACCACCAAGGCGCAUAGCCGGGGAAAUUCGUACGCAUCAUCAACCAUGUCCCGAUCAACCACACCUGCAUCGCGCGCCGCAAAUGGUCCUUUCUCCUCCACCGUCGGCCCUGGUUCCCGCCCCCCUUCCGCCAUGUCGCGACCCAAUACAUCCUUCAACGGUCGCAGACCUGUCGGCGCAUCGAUUCCGCGCGCAGCGAGUGCAUUAGAUACUCACAUGGAAGACACCUCCCCUAGCGUGCUAGGCAAACGAAAGGGUAUGCGAAUUUUUUCUUUCUCUCCCAGUCGAAUCCCCCGUUACUCCCUUGGACCCGUCACCCCCGGAUUGGAAGAUACUUGUGAUGAGUUUGGGGAAUUGGCGGAACCGUCUCUCCCCAACGAGCCCUAUUCUCCCAACCUAGGGCAUGCAAUGACGAUCCCCGUAAUGCUCUCUAUCCCGUCUUGCAAUGGACCCAGUGCGCUCCCAAACCCACUUGGACCCGUGCAGGCUGUAGCCCCUCCAGAAUGCUUUAAUUUGCCCGCCAGACCUUUCAGAACCCCUUCUGCUUCUUCAAUGCGCUCACCCCCCAGACCCCAGCUAUCGUUUUUGUCAAAAGUUUCCUCGACCAAAAGUUUUGACCAUGCCACAGGACCCGAAUGGGAUCAAGAUUCCCGCGAACGCAACAUGGAAGAAUUGAUGCAGACCUUCAUGUCCCACAUGAACCAACAGGGACAGGCAAGUUCUGGCCUCAAGGAGACUGUUGAGGUUUACAAGACAAGGAUCAAUGAGCUCGAAAUAUCUCGCGAUAGCCUCAAGGAACUUAAUGUCACCCAGCGCGUGGAAUUGGAAUCCUUGCGAAACCAGUUACAAACGUCAGAGCAUAUUCUGAAAGAGGCCAAGCGUGACCAAGAAAUAGCCAUGGACGACCUCGACCGACGCCAGCGCAUCAAUAUGGAAUCAAUUCAACAAGGCAAUAAGAAGGAGAUGGAGACGAUGAGUUUGCGACAUCAAGAUGAGAUUCGUGAACUAAAAAGGCAAUUCAACCGCGAAAUUGAGGAUGAAAAAGCAGCCCGAGUACGGGCUCUUGGCCAGCUCACUUCGCAAUCUGCGCUGGAUACCCAGAAGUCGCAAAUUGAAUUGGAGCGCAAGGAUCGGGAGCUUAACACAUUGAAUAUUGAGCUACAAGGGCUGAAGGAAGACUUGUCUCGUGAGCGGAAAUCUGUCCAGGAUUUCAAACAAAAUCUGGACAUUGCAAGCAGCAACAGUGUCACACUGGAGUCAUCCAUACGGGCUCUGAAGGCCCACAUUGAGUUCCUUGAGGGUGGAAGAGAAGAGCAGUCGAAAGCCUUUGAGCGGUCCAACCAGCAGAUGAUGGAUGCACUUGCUGAGACAGAUGCCAUCAGGGAGAAGUUGCGCAGAGAGGAAACUCUGCGUCGCAAACUUCACAAUCAAGUACAGGAACUGAAAGGCAACAUCCGUGUAUUCUGCCGUGUUCGUCCUUCGCUCAAGAAUGAGCCUGCUUCUCAGCUUACUCUCAUGCAAUACCCGGAUGAGGCCGAUGAUGCCAAGGAGAUCAAUAUCCUGGGACCUGAGGAAAAGACCAGCCUUGGAACAGUCAGUCGCAAGAACAAUACUUUCUCCUUUGAUCGUGUAUUCAAUCCGACCACCCAGAACGCCGAGGUUUUCGAUGAAAUUAGUCAGCUUGUCCAGAGUGCCCUCGAUGGUUAUAAUGUCUGCAUUUUCUGCUAUGGCCAGACUGGUAGUGGCAAGACUCACACAAUGUCAUCGGUUGAUGGCAUGAUUCCCCGUGCUGUUCACCAGAUCUACGAGACUGCCCAGGGCCUGGAGGAGAAGGGUUGGCGGUACUCAAUGGCAGGCAACUUUGUCGAAGUUUACAAUGAGAAUCUUAAUGAUCUCCUGGGUAACCCCGAUGAGUUGGACAAGAAGAAGCAUGAGAUCCGUCACGACAUGCAGCGGGGAAAGACUACCAUCACUGACAUUACCACUGUCGAUCUCGACUCGCCCGAGAUGGUGGAGUCCAUCCUCAAGAAUGCUGAUGCCAACCGCUCAGUGGCAGCUACCAAAGCCAACGAGCGCUCAUCCCGGUCGCACUCGGUCUUCAUCCUUAAGCUCACCGGUGUCAACCACGUCACCGGCGAGCGAAGCGAGGGCACUCUCAACUUGGUUGACUUGGCAGGAAGUGAACGCCUGAGCCACAGUGGAGCCACAGGCGAGCGUCUGAAGGAGACGCAAAACAUUAAUCGCAGCCUCAGUUCUCUGGGCGAUGUGAUUUCGGCCCUUGGCCAAGGGAAGGAGGGAGGCCACAUCCCAUACCGAAACAGCAAGCUUACCUACUUACUUCAAUUCUCUCUAGGUGGGAACUCCAAGACACUCAUGUUCGUCAUGGUCAGUCCUCUCCAGGCGCACAUGUCGGAGACCUUGACCAGCUUGAAGUUUGCCACCAAAGUUCACAACACCCACAUUGGCACUGCCAAACGACAGGCCCGCGUCCGCGACGCUUGA